UUUUUAACCAAUCAGAAAAUCUUCAGUAUUAUUCGAAAAGAUGGCUGCGUUGCCGUCUCCUACACAGGUAGCAGGAUCUCACAGUGCCAUAUAUGAAGCUUAUUAUAAUGUGGUGGAUCCAAAAGGGUAUGGAUCAAUUGGUGGAAUGGAGGCUGCCCGCUUUCUCAAAAAAUCCGGAUUGAGCGAUGUUAUCCUGUCUAAAAUUUGGGAUUUGUCCGACCCUGGUGGAAGGGGAUGUUUGGAUAAAACUGGAAUGUUUGUUGCUUUAAAAUUGGUAGCAUUAGUGCAGAAUGGUCAGGAUCUGAAUAUACUGAAUGUGAAUAUGGAUGUUCCACCUCCUAAAAUGGGAGAUGUUCCACUACCCAAACCAACAAAACCUCCACCUCCAAAGAGCCCAUUGAUCACAACUCUUCCGCAUGCCGCAGUGGAUUGGACUAUAAAACCUUCUGAACGAGAAAAAUAUGAUAAACUCUUUGAUUCGUUGCAGCCAGCAAAUGGGUUAAUUCCUGGCAACAAGGUAAAAAACGUUCUCAUGGAAUCAAAACUACCAUUUGAUACUUUGGGUAAAAUUUGGGACUUAGCUGAUCAAGAUAAAGAUGGUAUGCUGAACAGACAUGAGUUUGUUGUGGCCAUGCAUUUAGUUUAUAAAGCUCUCGAGAAAUACGCUAUUCCUAAUACCCUACCGCCUGAAUUGAUUGAAGUUAAAACAAGAACUGGUACGUUAAUUAACAAUAAAGAUGGCAUCAAACCCGAUCUUCCUCCUUCAAUCAUACCUCCAUCGAUUUCACCCGUACCUCCGAAAGUAUUACCUCCGACGGUACCCACGGUACCACCGUCUAUAAAACCAACACAACAAAUUAUGCCGUGGGUAGUUUCCAAAGAUGAAAAGGAAAUAUCGGAUGCUCUAUUCAUUAAAAGCGAUGUAGACAAAGAUGGUUUUGUAUCUGGUCAUGAAAUAAAAGAUGUCUUUUUACAAUCGGGUGUACCACAGCCUGUUUUAGCCCAUAUUUGGGGGCUAUGUGAUAGUAAACAAGUGGGUAAAUUAAAUGAUGAACAGUUUGCUUUGGCUAUGUGGUUGGUGGCUAGAUGUUUGAAAGGAAUCGAACCUCCUGUCACGUUGACACCCGAAAUGAUACCUCCCAGUUUUCGAAAUAUCAAACCAAUAGAUGGCCUUGUGGAGAACAAUAAUAGUAGAUACUCAAAUCCGGAAUUAGACAUGAUUACCAAAGACAUAGAAGAAUUAUCUAGAGAAAAGUUAAUUUUAGAAGCAGAUAUUACUCAAAAAGAGGCUGAUUUUAAGAUUAAGAGUGGAGAAAUUAAAAGUCUACAAAGCGAAUUGGAUACUUUAGCUGCCACAUUGAAGCAGUUGGAGAACCAAAAGGGCGAAGCACAAAAAAGACUCAAUGAUCUUAAAGCACAGAAAUCACAGGUGGAUGGGGAAACAGAAAACCUUAAUAGCGAAUUGGAAGAACAAACUGCAAAGGUCGACAAACUCAGAGUACAGGCUGCAGAACAAGCUGAGAUGGUGAAAGCUCAGGAAACAGAAUUGAAUAGCAAGAAAGAACAACUCGAAGGACUCCGGGCAGAAGAGGAACGCUUAGAAAAGCAGAAAACAGAAAAUAUGAAAAAAAUAGAGGGUCUGUCAGUAAAUUUACAAGAUACACAAUUGAAUAUAAGCCAGGCCAAAGCAUUGAUAACACAAUUACAAGAACAAACCAGGCAAAUGAAUGAUGCAAUUGUAGCCUGUGAUUCUUCAAUCGAAAGCAGCGAUGUUUCACAGGUAACAGACGCUGCUUUAAGAAUAAAACCUGAAUUUAGAAAUUCCGAAUACAAAAAGGUUUUAAACGAAGAAAAGACUCAGAACGGAUUUGGGGAAGAUCCCUUCAGUAAUCAAAAUGGACAUACCUCUUCUGGAUUUGAUGACGAUCCUUUCCAAAACGAUCCAUUUAAGAACAAAGAUGCCUUCUCCAAUGAUCAGUUUUCGACGAAGUUUCCAGAUACAAAUAAUGGCUUUUCAUCUGAUCCAUUUGGAAGUUCAUUUACAUCAAAUAGUGGGCAGCCAGAUCCAUUCAAUGCGUUUGAUGGUUCACAAAAUAAAGCUGCACCAACAGAGUCUGACAAAGAUCCAUUUGGGUGCGAUCCGUUUGCAGUAUUACAUGCUCCAACGAGAGAUGGAUCAGCACCCCCUCGGCCCACCAGCCCUAGUCCCGCAUUACCACCUAAGAAAAGUAAGAAUCCCCCACCUAGACCUGCUCCUCCUAGACCACAACCUCCGAAUUUCAAAAAGGGACAACAGUCUGAUGCUUUCGGCAGCGAUCCAUUCGGCGGCGGCGGAAGUUUCGCUGAUUUUAGUAACUUCGAUGCAAAGUUCACUAAUAAGCCGAUUGCAAAGGUCCAAGCACAGUCUUCUAAUGUCCUUGAAUUUACCGAUGAUCCAUUCAGAAAUUAUCGGUACGAGGAUCCCUUUAACAUUACGUUUGAUGACGACCAGCCAGCUCCUGACAAGAAACCCGAAGGAAAAGAAAAAUUUGACCCGUUUGGUUUGGACGGUCGACAGUCUGUACCUUUACCAAGUAGUGACCCCUUUGUUAGUUCUAGUGGUAGAGCUUCUGCGCCCAUCACGACAGAAUCAUUUAGUGAGGACCAACAGUUAGCCUGGGCUGCUAGUGAAAGUUUGAAAUUAGAAGAGGACCGGCGGAAAAGACAUUUACAGGAGCAGGCCGAUCUUGAGUUAGCUAUAACUUUAAGUAAAGCUGAGAGCAAAAAAGAUUAGCUUUGAUCUGUCAAUAAUAUUAUCAAUCACAAAGAAGAGCUUGACUUAGAUUUUUCUUUUAUGUUUCUUAUGUUGUUUGGCACUGCAGCAUAGUAAACGUUGUUAAAAUGUUAUCAGAAAUAACGCGACUUGAAUGUUAGCGACGAUAUUACCUAUAUUUACAAUUUUUUAUAUACCUACAGGUUUAAACUUGUUGCUGGUUGGAAUAUUUUACACUAAUAACAUAAAUGUUAAGUAUUGUUUUUGUAUUGACAUUUGAGUCGUAACCGUUAUUUCUGACAUUUAGUCUCCAGUGGCUCAGUUGACAAAAUUGUGAUCUCAUCGUCUUUUAGUUUGGUGAAGUCACUGUACUUUCAAAGAGAUUUACUUUCUAAAAUGUACAUAUCACUUUUUUGUGUAUGUAAUAAACAGCGUACAUAAUGUAUCUAUAUAUAAUCUUAUAAAACUACAUACCUUUAAAUGGUUGUGUCAAUUUGUAGUUUCAUAAAAGUUGGGUGAAUUAUAUAUUUUCAAAAAAUAUGUUGAAAUACUCAUGAAGUAAAUAUAGCAUAGAUAAAAAUAAUUUAUUAUUAUAUACGCCUUAUAUACUAAUUAAUAUUAAAAUUGCACAAAAGUACUCCAUUGUAUUCCCAUAAAUUGUGGGAAUUAAUUAUGCAAAAUUCUUAGCGAUUGAGUUAACACAAAACAUGUUUUUAGGUCUCUUCGAUUUCGUAAAACUAGAAAAUUUUAAAUCCGAUAAAUUUGGUAUUUGCAAGCAAGAUAUAUUGUUUAAAUGGCAAAAAACACUAAGUGUAGGUCUUGAGUGUAAUCAGUGGCGGAUUCAAGGGAGGUGUCCAGAGGGGUAAUGUCCCCCCCAGACAAAAAUAAAUGUCAAUUCUAUAAUUCUACAAAAAUAAAAACCGAGAGCCGUCAAACAAAGGUUCAGGUUAAACUGGAGUUGAACUCGAUAUGAGAAAUCGGCCAUAAGUGACCUUGCAUCAGAGAAAAGUAAUUAAAUCACCCUCAAGAUCCAUGACCCCCCCCCCCCCAAAAAAUUUCUGGAUCCGCCAUUGAGUGGAAUGACAUCAGUCAACAUUUAAAAAAAGCAACUGUUCAGUACCUUUGUUGCCAAAAACAUCCAGAAAAAGGAUCGCUAUAAAAAUAAUUGAUCAUUUAAAAGUGAUAGAUAUAAUAGUCUGUGCUAAAAUUUACUCCAAAUUUGAACUUCUAACCGAUCAUUCUACAGCUUAUAGGGCUUUUCAUUAACAGUCAUUUGUUUCGAGCUUCUGUCAUGUGUCACAUAAUAUUAAUAUAUCUACGACAUACGUUAUUGGUAUAUACAAUAAUUCAAACCAAAGACGUAUGACGUAGAUAUAUUAGUAUUAUGUGACACAUGACAGAAGCUCGAAACAAAUGACAAUCGAUGAAAAGCCCUAUUUCAGACAUGCGAUUCGGUGUACGAAGGAUAUUGCCAUGCAAACUAAAUGAGAAUUUUCUUGAAACAAGUUGCCGCUCAAAGGUAGUAUUUCAGCAGGUACUUGUAGAGGAUUAUCGCUGUUAACUGCUGUGGAAUACAAAACAAAGAUUUAUUUACGAUAAUUCGCAGAAUGGGCGAAAUAUGGCAAACCCGCUUGCAAUAUACAAGCACACUGAUUCUAACGUUUGAAACGCAGUAUAGAAACAUGUUAAUGUUGUUAAUUCUUGAGGCAUAUUUAAAUCAUCUUCCUAAUAUGAUCAGUUGGGUUAAGUCUUGAUAUUUGUUCUGAACUGUCUAUUUACAACUUAUACAGUAUGUCCCUGUAAGUUGUAUCCAUAUGGAAAACUUUUUUAUUAUUAAUUUUACGAAAAAAAGUUAUUCUUUAUAAAAAGCUCUGCAUGGUCCAAAACCUAAGAUUUAAUCAUCAAAUAUCAAAUUUUUUGAAUAUUAUACGAGGUAUGUCAAAAAGUUUGAAUUUCACUCAAGAGUAAAGUAGCUUUAUUUUUCGUAAUAUUGGAAAUUGCUAUUAUGAAAAGUUGUUUGGAAUUAAAAACUAUAUUCUAAUAUGCAAUUACAUUCUUCUAAUUGAAAAAUUUUUUUUUUUUUUUUGGGGAAAUUACGGAUAACUCAUUAUUUUUUCAGUUAUUUCAAUUCUGAUAACUCUUUUAUUAUUAAUUUUACGAAAAAAAUUGAUUCUUAAUAAAAAGUUCUGGAUAGUCUAAAACUUAAAAUACAACCAUCUUAUAUCAAAUUUUAUCAAUUUUAUACGAGGUAUGUUAAAAAAGAUAAAUUUAGAUCAAAAGUAAAGUACCUUUAUAGUUCAGAAUAUUUCAAUUAGAAGGAUGUAAUUAGAUACUGCAACAUAGUUUUUAAUUCUAAAUAACUUUUCAUAAUAACAAUUUUCGAUAUUGUGAAAAAUAAACGUAUUUUAGUCUUGAGCGAAAUUCAUAUUUUUUGACAUACCUCGUAUAAAAUUGAUAAAACUUGACAAAAGAUGGUUGUAUUUUAGAUUUUAGCCCAUGCAGAACUUUUUAUUAAGAAUCACUUUUUUUCGUAAAAUUAAUAAUAAAAGGGUUAUCUGAAUUAAAAUAACUGAAAAUAAUGUUACGUUAUCCAUAAUUUUACAAAAAAUAAAAAUUUCAAUUAGAAGGAUGUAAUUGCAUACUACAAUAAAGUUUUUAAUUCCAAACAACUUUUCAUAAUAGCAAUUUUCAAUAUUGUGAAAAAUAAAGCCACCUGAGUGAAAUUCAAACUUUUUGACAUACCUCGUAUAAUAUUAAAAAAAUUUGAUAUUUGAUGGUUAAAUCUUAGGUUUUGGACCAUGCAGAGCUUUUUAUAAAGAAUAACUUUUUUUCCUAAAAUUAAUAAUAAAAAAGUUUUCCAUAUGGAUACAACUUACAGGGUAUAUACGGCGCUACAGAAGGAAUGUUCGGGAUAUACGUAACUUUUGUAGAAAGGGGCGGGAUAAAAGGCUGUAGACGUCGUAAGGGACGGCACUCAGUACUAAUCAGCAAUCUAAAGAACAUGGGGCCAGGUUUAGAUUCGGUAGACGGUAGUCCGUCUUAACCCGUUGUAAGUGGGCCAAGAGGCGUUUGCUAUAUUAAGCAACUUCCUGCAUUCACGCAGAAUUAUCCAAAGUUUCAACUCUCUAGUACAUACUAGCGAAUUCGUGUUAACAAUAACUUAAAUCGUUAUUUGAUAUUGUUUUCUUGUGAUACUUAAAAAAAAAUUGAAAAAUGAAUUUUUACUAAUGAAUUGAAUGGGAGUUAAACACAAAUAUCAAUUUUUGUAACCAUUUGGGAUGCGAUAAUAUUUUGAAGCAGCUUAUAUGUCGUUGACCUAUAAGAACAACUUUCAAUGGACAAUAAAUAAUUAAUUCCAGUUUAUUUGUAAAAGUCGUUUACGUCAAUUUUUUUGCAAGUUAUUAGAAGAUUUUGUAGUUUAUUCGUCGUUUUACUGAAAAUAUUUAAUAAGGGAACUAGAAUUCUUUGAAAUAUUUUUUUAAAUUCAGUUUUAUGUAUAAAAUAUCUUGCUGUAAAAAGCUUUAUUACUAUCUGUGAUUCUAAACUGUUAAAAUAUAUAGAAACAUCGAAGAAUUCUUAAUUUUUCAAUGUUCCUGGGAUUAAUAUUGUACUGAGCAUCUGAAGACUUAACACAAUUUAGAUUUAAGAAUUUAAAACAAAUGUUGAUGUUGUGAAUAUUAAGGUAUUUUACCAUGUUAUGGGGUUUGUAUUUGACAAUUAAGCUUAAAAUAACGUGUUUUGAGAUCUAAACUUAAGAUUUUCUAUUUACUUAACCGCAAUGCUCUUAACACGUUCGCUGCCUGGCAAAAAAUGAAACUGGCUUUAAUUUUCAGUUGAUGAAUCCACAAAUACAUGUUAACCGCACAUUAAGCGUGUUUGUUGACUAUUCCUAUCGGUCUCACAAGCAGCGAACGAGUUAAUUUUGUCUAAAGAUGGGACAUUGUUGUUACUGUAACUUAAUCUUUCUGAUUUUUAGAAUAAGACCACAAAAUUUAUACCUUGAAUCAUCCUUUUAACAUGACUACUUUUAAGUUUUAAAUAUAUAUUUUUAUAAAAAAAUUAAACAACUUUCACAAAAGUAAUUCAUCAUCACAAACAUUUUUUUGUUGGAUUGUAUCUCAUGUCAGAACAUUCAAUUCCAGUUUAGACAGUAAAAAGUUCGUUAUACUUAUCCAAAAAACAGAUAUAUUUUUUACGUUGUCAAGAUUUUCAGUUUACUGCAAUUGUGUAGCCUGCGAUUGAUUCGCAAUAAAACUAACUUAAGUUAUACCAUGUUCCGUAAAUAGUAAUUUAGUACCUAAUAUAAUUAUAAAUAUAGAGACUGGACAUGAAGUAAAAUUUUCUAAAAUAUGCGCAUAUAUUUGCAUACAUUUAUUUUUAUUUUAUUUAUUUAUUUACAAUAUUUUUUAUACACAUAUUAAUUGUAUAAAUGACAAACAAAGUCCGGUCUCUACUAAUAUAUUCCCGGUUGAUAUAAGCAUUGAAACGACUUUUUUGGUCUGCAUUAAAAUUAUCGCCAUAGUCGUUAUCCGUUUUUUUUAAUUCCAGUAACGAAUUACUGUAUGAAGCUUUCUAAAAGCAUUUUAGGUUUCAUGUGGUUCUAUCAAGCUUAAAAUAGGAUUUUUAGUAAAUAAGAUUCGUUUAAAAUAGAGCAUUUAGCUUAUACCAUUGAAUAACGUCUGUCUAGGCAGGGGUUCCCAACCGGUGGUACGCGUACCACUGGUGGUACGCGGAAAGGUUUCAGGUGGUACGCGUCACGUGGGUGAACCAAGCGAUUACAAUGGGCCUUUGACUGCGGAAGUGUCACUUUUCACCCGUUUCUUUAAACUGAGGUCAGAAGUUUUAAUGCUUUUAGCUGAAAAAAAUAAUGACAGACUCAACACGCUUAACAUGGGUCUUCAGAGAGCAAACACCCUUCACAGCCAAUGAGGAAAUAAACUCCUUCAAAAAAAAGUUAGUUCCUUUAUUUUUUCAAAUACAGGGGAAGAAUGUCUGUGCGUUUGCGACUCUGUCAUCAUUUUUUGACGAAAACGAAAUAUCUCGAAUAAGAGAUGUGGUUGCUGAUAUAAUUUAUCACUUGGAUAGGAAUUUCUUCAAGAAAGUUUUGAUAAAUAUUUCUCUGAAGAUUAUUCCAAACUUGACUGAAUCAGAAAUUGUUUUGCAGGAAGCCCACCAAAUAAGUUAGAAUUACAGGAUUUACAGAAAACAUUCAUCGAUUUCACAGAAGACACUUUUAAAAAGAAAUCCUUAAUUGACUUCUGGAUGAAAUAAAACAAGCCAAUGGACAUAUUUUUGAUAGCAAAUAUGUUUCUAAAAAAAUUGGGAGGCUUCCUUUUAUUCCAUGUCCCCCCCCCCCCCAACAACCUGUAUUUGGUGGUACACCAAAAUCUUCAAAAAUAUAUCAGGUGGUACGCAGUUGCUCGAAUAUUGGGAACCCCUAACACUUCAGUGUUUGCGGUUUCAAAAUAGGAUAAUUUGAUGUAAGUUAUGAAUCAUAAAAAGCAGCCAUAUGUAUUUGUACAAAUAUUUAUUCCAAACAAAAAUAAAGCUUAGGUUUGUUUUAUAAUUGUUGUAAAAUGAUCUGAUAAAUCACUGCUCCCAAAACGUGUUACUAAUAUCUUUAUCUGACAUUACUUCAUCGUAAAGUGUUUUAUCCGAGCUUAUUCAGCUUUAAAAGAAGACAUACUUCGCUGUUUAUAAUACUUCUCAAAUUAUGUGUUCAACAAUUACUUGUGAAAUAAUGCAAUAUUCGUAAGUAACCCUCAACGCCUUGAUUUAGUCAAAUAAUGGUGAGCGGCCGUGGAGUAACGGCAUAAUCGCUGGCCUCAUACGCCUGUGCACGUGGGUUCGAGCCCUGCCAAAGACAAACCAUUUUCAUUUCCAAUAAUGACACGAGCCGUCUCACCGUGCCCCAGAGACACGUACUUAAAACAGGGUUAAAGAUGUAAAUGCCGCCGGAACUGUCCGAAAGGAUCUCCCCGGCAAAAAUGCCAUACGAUAUUAUUAUUAUAGUCAAAUAAGAACCGACAAUCCAUCAACAAUCAUCGACAACAUCUACACUCCAGACCGGGUGAGCCAUCCGUGUCUCUCACUUUUAUUGCUACAUAAAUUAAAUACUAACAUCUUCAAUAUUAUACUCUAAUCAUAAGCUGUUUAAGUAAUAAAUAUUUAACAGUAAAAAAAUUAAUCAAAAAAUAAUAAUAAUAAAUAAAUUUUUAAAUGAUUAAGAGAAAGUAAUUGUAAAAAUAUUCUAUUAUUUAAUUGUUUUAUUACACCAGAACUUCCAUAAUAUUCAAAUCACCCAGUAUCUAAAAAAUCACUAAGUUUGAAUGGAAAUUAUAUUGUGGGUUAUUUAACGCGGGAACAGUCGAGCUCACUUCUGUCACGUAACCAUCCGCGCGAUUAGAUUAAAUCUAACAGUAUGAAUUUAAAUACGAAUUUAAAACAAAUUUUUAUUUUAUAAAAUAUUUAUUUACUUGUUAUCGUAAAAAUGUCUAUUUCUAACAAUUUUAAAGCUAAUUGGUUCUCACCAAAUCCAUAAACUCCACAAAAAAAAAAAAUAAAAAAAGUAAAUUUUUUUUAUUAAAAGAUAUACGCAUUACUACAAUCUUCCUCGAGUCACUUACGAAUGGAAAGUUAUGUUGCAAAAUUCAUUCAAGUUAUCACGGAAAAGGAUAAAAUGUGAGAUUUUUUUCUAACGGCGCGACUGCUCCCGAGUUAAAUGCUCAUAUUUGAUAAUUUAAAUAAAAUUCAUUUCCGGUCCGCAGAUCUCUUAAAAAAAUGUCAUGCCGGGCUGAACGUUAAACCGGGAUAUUCCUAUAAGCGGUAUUCUAAUAAGCGGGUUCGACUGUAUUAUUAUUUAUAAGGAUAUAGGGUGUCAAAUCGGACACUGUUUCAAAAUAAAACUGGUCAUAUCUUGUAAAACACUCGGUAUAAGGUAGCAUAAUAGAUACAGAUUUUUAUGGACAUUAAAAACAGAGCUGCGUUUUUUGUUAAUUAUAUUUGGCUGUUUUCAUAAAAAUAAUCAUGUCGGACAUUUUUCACUAAGAAUGUUCGCGGAGACAAUCCCUGACUAGUUCACAAGUGGAGCAUGCGCACUUUAAAAUGAUAUAAAUAAUACCGUUGACAAAUAAAUAUACAAGGUAUAUUUACUAUUAAUUAAUUAUUAACUAUUAAUAUACUGGUAUAUUUAUCAAUCAACGAUAAUACAUUAAAUAAAUAUAAUAUGGAAUUAAAGUGCGCAUGCGAUUUUGUCGUUGACUAGUCAGGAACUGUUUCCGCGAACAUACUUAUUAUCGGAGUUAAUUCUGACAGAAAAACAAUAAAUCAAAUGUGCCGAGAUCAUGUUUUGAGGAUGAUAUAUACUUAUGAAAAUUAUAAGUAAUGUAAUGCUUUCCAUUUCUUUAAUAUCUUGUAGUGUCAAACAAUAUAUUCGUUAAUGUCAUUAAGAAGUUUAAUGUGCAUGUACAUAUCAGUUUAUUUAGUUCAUUUCUGAGUUACCUGUUAAUUCUAUUUUCCAUUUUAAGCAAUACUCCAUGUAGUUAUUAUGUUUUAGCAGGUUUUGUUUUUUAAGCGUAUUCAAUCUCGUAUAGUAUUAAAUACAAACCGUAGUGUUUAGAGAUUGCGUGGAUCAAGUCGAGUAUGCUUAAAAAAUAAAAUCUUUAUAUUUUCAUGUAGCCCAAUAAGAUUUUGCCGUUUAAAUUAAAUAGAUUAAAAAGUGAUGUUCUAAUUUAUAUUGCUUGAAGUAAGUUUUUGUAAGUUGCGUUUAUGGUGGUGAAUGGUAUAGUUGGAUAGGUACUUACUCCGAGCCACACUCCAGCCACAAAUUUUUCAAACGUCAUCGUAGUAUGAAAUCCAAAGCGGAUCUGGAUCACGCAAGUUAAAUUCCAGUGGAAUUCACUGGAUUGUUUCAUUCAGAGAUUCUGACUAAUAGAACGCUACAAGAAUAAAAAUUACAGCGGGAUUUUUUUCGAUAAUUUCCCGUCGUCAAGUACUAGAUGCCCUUCGUUGCUACGUAAAAAUGAACAUUCAGUGACAUUAAUGACAAUUAAUGUUUUACAACUUGUCAAAGACAACACCAUGAACAGGUUUAGCAAAUAUUGAGGCGAAGAUAUCAAUAAAAUAUUAGUUAAAAUGGUUUAAAAAACAGUUUUAUUCAUGAAAUAAUCUUACUGAAUUACGCUCGAGCUCUUAAAAAUUACCGAUUUGUUUUGCCUUCGUGACACUUUCAAUUAAUUUCACUCCCCUUCGGGUCGUGAAAUUAAAACGGUCAAAUUGUCAUUCGUAACAAACAAACAAUUCGUAACAAAUUGUCAUUCGUAACGGGAAACAAAUCGAUAAUUUUAGAGCUCUCGUGUAAUUUCUACUGAGAAUGCGUGGUCUUUGAAUUUAAUUACAUUGUGUCUGUUUUCGGCGACAAAUCAAACGAUAUUACUUUGCUUCUUUUCGAAACCAGUCGCUUGUGAUUAGCUUAACUUAUGGCUCCGACCUAGCUGUUUGUAUUGUAGAUUUGCAAGUUGUAGGCCACGAAUAGAUGCUUAUAGAAAGCCAACGCUUAAUAAAAAGUACUUCGAUUCAGACAAUGCCGGAAUAUGUAUAAACAAACAAAUUUUGAUCGACCCGAACGAAGAUCUGAUACUUUUGGGACCACUUUGGAUGUGGAUAUACCGUUUAUAGCUCCAGCUUAGACAAGAACUUGAUCAUAUUUGUAAUUAUUGUUUAAAGCUGAUAAUAUCUUUUUUUGUCGUUUUUGAAUAAUUUCCAAUAUAUUGCAUUUGUUAAUCGUCCUACUUUAUCAGUUCGCUGUAACCCAUUUAAUUUUUAUACAGUCAUGUAUACUGUACCUCCUUACUUACUUACUUAAGCCGUCCUCUUGUACCUUACGGUGUCGAGGUAAGUGGAGAAAUCAAACGUCUCCAUGCCUUUCGGUCAGUAGCUAGUCUUUCUGCCUCUCUCCACCCAAUAUUUCUUUUUACGCAAGCCUUUCCAAUAUUUGCGUUCCACAUUCUUGCUGGCCUACCUCUUCGUCGUUUGUUGUCAGAUGCCGCUUUCGAUACCCUCUUUACAGUUCUACCUUCACUCAUUCUCGCCAUAUGUCCGAACCACGAUAACUGUUUCGUUUCAAGUCUGUCUAAGGUCCUUCCAACACCGCACCUUUCACGUAUGUCUUCAUUUCUUAUACGAUCACGUCUGGUCACCCCGAAUACCGUACGUAAAUAUCGCAUUUCGCAUGCUUGAAUUUUACUACGGAUGUUGUCGUUCACUAUCCACGUUUUACUACCGUAGAGUAGCACCGGCUCGUAUACAGUUUGAAAUACUUUGUGUUAUCACGGACUUACCUUUUUUUUCUAUAAUUUGUAACGCACUGAAAAAUGCUCAUGAAAAGAAGCAUACCUAAUAAUAUGUAAACCAUUACCGCAAACUGUGAACUAAAUUAACCAUUUUACCGACUGCUUUCUAGAACUAACCCCCAUAAAUAUAUGCAGUGUUAUGACAUGUAUCCCUUCUUCUUCUUCUUAGCAUCGAUUUCAACAUACUUCCAAUUUAUUCAGGCUAUUGUUUUUAUGUCGUCUACCCAUCUCUUCUGUGGUCUCCCUCUUGGUCGUCUAGCUUCGUAAGGUGGCAAUAGACGUAAGGUGGUAAUACUGUAUUGUGGCAUUCCAACAUUGGUCUUUUUGUCUAACGGUUUUACCUGCGAAGCUCCAUUUGAGUUUGGUAAUCUUUGUUGUGAUACCCUCCACUUUUGUUUUUGAUCUUACCCAGUCGUUCCUCUUUUUAUCUGAUAGUCGUAUACCUAGCAUUGCUCUUUCCAUUGCCCUUUUUUUUUGUGGCUAGUUUAUUCAUAUUGACCUUGGCUAGGGUCGAUGUUUGACAUCAAUGGAUGUCGAAACAUGUAUGACUUAACAUAGCAUAAAUAAUUUUUCCUACAAUAUUCGUUGGGUAAUAUUCAUCAGCUGUUUAGACAUAUACUCUAAAACCGUGUAGAUUUACUAAAUUUCUGUAUAUUGUAAAAUUGUGCAGAAGAUUUGAAAAUGAAGUUAAGGCAGAUGUAAGACAAAAAGAGUAAUGAUUAAUUUUACUCUUUCACACAUCGCACAUUUUUAAUACGCAUUUAUUGUAGGAAAGAAAGCUUUGCUGUUCGGUUAGCCUUGUUUAAUUUGGUUGAAGAUUUAGUUAUACCGUCGCCAAUAGCAGAUAACCAGAAAUUACAUGUGUAGUAUUCCUCCUAUUCACCCGUAGAACUGUACAAUCAAGGCAUGUACAUAUGUAUAUGAAAUUAUUAAUAUAAUUUCAGGGGCGUGGACUGUAUGCUUUAUGUUGCUGGUUAAAAACUAAGAAAGGAUUAUGAUAAACAGACAAUAUUAUAAGUUUAUAAAACUCUUACCAAGUUUUCUUUUACUUUUCACUAUUCGCGUUUUGAUUAAAGACGGCGUUUUGUUUUUACAGGCGGUUUCACGAUUGUUCCGUGUGCGAAUUUCAAUGUUCUUAACGGUUUAACGUUUAUUUGAUGUCGAAUUACUGCGUGUGCUCAACGGUAAUGGUCCCCAACAAAAGGCUCCAACUAAUAUACACGAGAGAGAAUAUAUGUUUUGUUCCCAAAAAUGUCCAGCAAAAUUGUCUGUUUGGGUAGGAGUGAGAUUAAGUAGGGAUGACUAGGUACUACUAUAUGAGGAGUAGGAUAUUAGUCAGGGCUGGUUAAUAUGCUUAAGUCUUCCGUUGGGUUUUCUUUCGACUAAAACAUCUACAAGUGCAGUCGUUUAGUUGUUCUCUAUUUCUGAAUCUGAGGGUUGGGAGUUUAGUAAAUUUAAGCAAUUUGUUUGUUCAUCUUAAUAUUUCCAGAUCACAAAAGCGUCAUUGCAUAACUAAACAAAACGCAAUGGCUUUUUUACAAUUACCGAGCUCAAUGGAGUUUCCAUUUCAUCCCAUCAGUGUGUUGCGGGUAUCGGAAGCAUUCCCAAAUCGAUAUGUUCAUACUUGUCUCUAUUUGAAAUCUGUAUAUGAGUGUAUCGAAAUAUUUGUGUAUGUUUCCGAUUUCUAAUUUGCGGAAGUGAUAAUUAACUGAUAAAUCUUGUAGGUAAAAAUAAUAUCUUGUAUUCUAGACAAACAUUCCAGACUGGACAGCACAUUGAGACUUUUAGUUAGAUAAAUGCAAAUAAUAUAUUAAUUAUAAUUCGUUAACUGAGGUAGUACAUUAGUUAAGAACGUCUCACGCAUUAGAUGAUGUAAUGGAGCACAGUUAUAAUUUGGAUGAAUCAUAAAUAUACUGGAAAUAACAAAAGCAAAUGAAUUUUAACGGUCUUAUGGGCUACAUCUAAAAAUUUAUAUCAGACUUAUUCUAUCCAGCCUUUAUGUAUUUUGGCGUACUAAACAAUAAUAUAUACAAUUAUAGUCGUAUUAUUUAUUUUUCUAUUCAAAGUUUUACAUUUAUUUUGUACUAUAUCAUAAUUUUAGAUUAUGAUCUAAUUUGUAAACAACACUUUAUUUCUUAUUUUGUCGCUACAAUCGAAAGUGAUUAAUUUAAAAUCACCUCUGCAAAUAAUUAGGAUACUUAAUAAUAUUUAUCAUUAUUGGUAGAUAUUUAAAUAGGUAAAUGUUAAUCAAUACUUUGUUCAUUUGUUGUAUCAUAUUAGUUAUGUAAAUAUUUUGUAAACUUGAAUAUAUCUGUUAUUGUUUUUGUCUUAUACUCAUUUGUUACUUCAAAGCAGCAUCUUCCAAUUUAUAUGUACCUACUUGUUGUUAAAUAAAGUUACAUACAAACAAA